CAGAACAUGCCUCUCGCAAAGGAUCUCCUUCAUCCCUCUCCAGAAGAGGAGAAGAGGAAACGCAAGAAGAAAAGCCUGGUGCAGAGCCCCAGUUCCUACUUCAUGGAUGUGAAAUGCCCAGGAUGCUAUAAAAUUACCCCGGUCUUCAGCCAGGCACAAACGGUAGUUUUGUGUGUUGGCUGCUCCAUGGUCCUCUGCCAGCCUACAGGAGGAAAAGCGAGGCUUACAGAAGGAUGUUCUUUCAGGAGGAAGCAGCACUAAAAGCACUCUGAAUCAAGAUGAGUGGGAAACCAUCUCAAUAAACACAUUUUGGAU